AUGAUCUACCAAAGCGGUGGUGAAAAGCAUGAACUCGGGACGGCGUUCCUGGUCAUAGGUGAGAUGCGAAAGCGAGUGAUCGGGUGGUGGCCGAUCAAUGAACGGAUGUGCAGGUUGAGGAUUCGUGGCAGGUUCUUCAACCUGAGCAUCAUAAAUGUGCAUAGUCCGCACCUUGGAAGCACCGAUGACGAUAAAGACAAUUAUUAUACGCAGUUGGAGAGGGAGUACGACCGCUGCCCACAACACGACGUUAAAAUUGUCAUCGGGGAUUUUAAUGCUCAGGUCGGACGGGAGGAGGCAUUUAAACCGACGAUAGGAAGUUUCAGUGCCCACCGGCUGACCAACGACAACGGGCUUCGGCUCGUAAACUUCGCCUCCUCUAAGCACAUGAACAUUCGCAGCACCUUCUUCCAGCACGCACCUCGCUUCAGUUACACCUGGAGAUCACCGCAGCAAACACUUUCCCAGAUCGACCACGUUCUCAUCGAUGGAAGGCACAUCUCGGACAUAAUCGACGUAAGGACCUAUAGAGGAGCAAACGUCGACUCAGACCAUUUCCUGGUUAUGGUUAAGUUACGCCAGAAACUGUGCGUGGGCAACAAACUGCGCUAUCAGCCCACCCCAAGGCUCAACACAGACCGGCUGAAACAAGCUGUUGUGGCGAGGGACUUCGCAAUCGCGCUUGGGGAAGCGCUGCCGGAGGACAUCACUACCGAGGCGAUGUCUCUCAAUGACCACUGGCGCAUGGUGGAGCAAGCCAUCAGCAGCACGGCCGAGCGAACAAUUGGCCGCGUGACCCAUAACCAGAGGAAGGAAUGUGAGGAGGGAGAUAUCCUGUCGGACGAGCGAGAGGUGAUUGACAGAUGGAAGUGCUACUUCGACAGACACCUGAACGGAGCAGAUACCAGAGCAGACGCAGGAAGCAGAGGAGAGCAACCCUACGACAGCCAGCAUGACAAUGACGAAGUGCCCCCGCCAUCUUUGGACGAAGUCAUCAGCGCCAUCAAACAGCUGAAAUGUAACAAGUCAGCUGGCAGCGAUGGUCUGGUGGCCGAACUGUUCAAGAUGGGUCCGGAGAGGAUUUGGGAUCAGGAAGAACUACCGGACGAGUGGAAACUGGGUGUUAUACACCCAGUGUACAAAAAGGGCGACAGGCUGGACUGUGCUAACUUCCGGGCCAUCACAGUCCUGAAUGCUGCCUACAAGAUCCUGUCCCGAAUACUCUUCUGCAGACUUUCGCCUCUUGCUACAGAUUUCGUCGGCAGCUAUCAAUUUGGAUUUGUUGGAGGCAAAUCAACUACCGACCAAAUCUUUACUCUACGGCAGAUCCUCCAGAAAUGCCGAGAGCACCAGAUCCCUACGCACCACCUGUUCAUCGACUUCAAGGCGGCCUACGAUACCAUAGAUCGGACCGAACUAUGGAACACCAUGCAGCAGUACGGAUUCCCUGGGAAGCUGGUACGACUGUUGCGGGCCACUAUGGACGGGGUGCAGUGCAAGGUGAGAGUGACGAACAUGCUGUCAGAAACCUUCGAAUCUCACCGGGGUCUGAGGCAAGGGGAUGGACUCUCCUGUUUGCUGUUCAACAUCGCUCUGGAAGGUGUCAUGCGAAGCGCGGGCUUCGACACCCGGGGUACGAUUUUCACCCGAUCUCUCCAAUUCCUUGGCUUCGCGGAUGACAUCGACAUCAUCGGGCGAACAUCUGCGGCGGUGUGCGAGGCGUACACCCGACUGAAACGCGAAUCCGCUGGGAUUGUAUUGAGGAUCAAUGCGACGAAGACAAAGCACCUGCUUGCCGGGGGCUCUGAACGUGAUAGAGCCCGACUCGGAAGCAGAGUAUCAGUUGACGGCGACGAUCUCGAGGUGGUAGAGGAGUUCUGCUACCUUGACACGAUCGUAACUUCGGACAACAACGUAAGCAGCGAAAUCCGAAGGCGCAUUGUUCAGGGAAAUCGUGCCUACUACGGGCUCCACAAACUCCUGCGAUCCAGAAGACUUCAACAACACACGAAAUGCGCGAUAUAUCGCACACUGAUACGUCCGGUGGUCCUCUACGGGUACGAGUCCUGGACUUUACUGACGGAGGACGCCAAUGCACUCGCCAUUUUCGAACGGCGGGUGCUAAGGACUAUCUUUGGCGUUGUGUGCGAGCACGGCGUGUGGAGAAGGAGGAUGAACCACGAGCUAGCUGAGCUGUUUGGCGGUGCAGAUAUCCUGACGGUCAUCAAAGCCGGAAGGAUACGCUGGCUGAGGCACGUGAUGAGGAUGCCGGACUCAUGCCCCACCAGGAAGGUGCUCGUCAGCGACCCGUUCGGCACGAGGCGUAGAGGAGCACAGCGAGCUCGCUGGCUGGAUCAGGUGGAGUCGCACCUGUCGGAGAUCGGAUGCAACCGUGGUUGGAGGACUGCAGCCCAGGACCGAGUUUCCUGGAAACGAAUUGGCGACCUGGCCAGGUCUACGAGACGUGCUCAUUGA